AUGAAAAUUAUAAAUUCAUUAUUAUUAUUAUUAGUAAUUUUACAAUUGUUAUCAAGCAGUAUUUCUGUGAUUGCAAGCAGCGAUGAAUCAGCACUGGAUUCUUCAGAACAAUCACUUUUAUGUCCAGGUGUCCCGAUGUGUGGUGGUCCAGAACAAGGAGAGUGCAUUAAUCAAAUGUGUAGAUGCCAUUAUCCAUGGGUUGGAUUUGAUUGUUUAAGUAAAAUUAUAAUAAUAGAUCCACCCACACUCCCACCCGGCGUUCCUUCAAUAUGUGUAGAUAUUUGCAAUGGCCAUGGUAGAUGUAGUUCUGAUAAUUUAUGCAUAUGUGAUAUGGGCUGGGGAGGUCCAUAUUGCAACACAUCAUUAUCAUCAUCAUCAUCAUCGUCAAUUGUCCCACCAAUUCUAGAUCCUAUAAUUGUUUGUAAUAGUACCAAUAAUGGUUUGGUUGUCGAUAGUUAUACAGGCAUCAACUGCACAGCCAAUGGUCCAAUGGAAUGCGUAGACAAUUACAGUGGUUCGACAUGCUCAACCGAAAAUCAAGGAAGCAGCAGUAUCAAAUGCACUGUUGGUUCACAUAUGUCGUCCAGUCAAAGACAUUCCAUUACUUGUAUUGGUAGUGAUAUUAAAUGCGUAUCAUCAUUUGUCAGAUGUGGUGUCAAAUUAUCAGCUCCUGGUAGCUUAUAUGUCAAUGAUAUCCAAACUAAUUCAAAUAUUGUAAUGUUUAAUCAAGACAGCGAGCAAAUUUAUUUGGGGGAAAAAUCUGAAACAUCUUCAGUUUUUAGUCAAUUUAAUAUAUUAUCUAUUUUAUCAUUAUCAUUUUUGUUAUUAUCUAUUUUUUUAACCCAAUAA